AUGGCUUUAGAGUUGCCCGAUCUUGUCAUCCACCAAAUCCUCCAAUUCCUUCCCACUAAAUCUGCUGUGCGCUUGAGCUUUCUUUCCAAGCAAUGGGAAGGUGUAUGGUCUUCGGCCCCAAUAAUAGAUUUCGAUGAGGGAGGUGAGGAUGGAAACAACAACCUCAGCCAACAUAAAAGGUUCGUCAAAAAUAUUCUGAGCAGGUAUUUGGAAUUCCUUGUUGAGAAAGAGAAAGAAAAACAAGGUUUAGAAAAAUUCAAGCUUCACAUGACAAGGUACUUAUCUGGAGAUGCUAGUAUCGUAACCAAAUUGUUGAGUUCUUCAUUUGAGAGAGGCGUGAAAGAGUUAGAUAUCAGCCUUAGAGUAAGUAAAUCACAGUGGGAUCAUUGGAGUGGCAUGAAAAACUACAACAACUUGUCCCCGAUGGAGCUUAUCAAUGCAAAAUCUGCGGCCCGUAUAAAAAACUACUACUACUUUUCUCGGACGGCUCUUGCCAAUGCAAAAUCCUUGACUACUCUAAAUCUAGGGUCUGUUAGAAUAAAGAACAUUAGCUUUAAGGAAUGCUCUACAUCCACAUGUCUUCUUCCCUCUUUGAAAUCUAUGUCUCUCAAGAAGGUCCACUUUGACAAGGAAGCUCUCUUCUACUUGAUCCGUGAGUGCUCUUGCAUCGAAUAUUUGUCAAUAAUUUCAUGUUCUUUCAAAGACGGUGAAUUUCGGGUCUCGAGUUCUAGUCUCAAGUCUUUGCAAGUUGAGCAUUGCGACUCUUUUGCAAUUCAAGUUGAUGACGCUGUGAAUCUUGAAUCUCUCACAAUUGUUUCAGAUAUCGGUCCACCUCAACUUCCCAACUUCCAUAGUAUAAUCUUGAAAGACUGCUUCAACUUGAAAUGUUUGCACAUAUGUGCUCCGCAGGUGAAAGUAUUCGAUUUAGAUGGAUGCCAUGAUGUGAAAGGCACGAUCGACGCUCCACUUCUAGAUUCUAUUACUUUCAAGGGUUACUUGAGUUCCAAACUUUCUCUCAAAGCUCCAAACUUGAGUAUGACCCGCAUCGUACUAUUUGACAAAUGGGACAGCGAAGCGGCCACUUUCAACAGCAGGCCAUGGAACCAUUUUACAACAUUGAGCAAUUUUCUUGAAGAAUUUGGUAGCUCUAAAACUUUGGAUCUUUAUGUGAGUGAUUUUAAGGCCCUUAUGUUUCCAAAAAAUUUCAGAAAGACCUUGUCUUCUCCAAUAUUCCCAAGUCUCAAAAAGCUUUAUUUCUCGGUGAAGAAUCCUCCAAGAAAGAUGAACAAAGAGUUGAGCGAUUCGUUGUAUUGGAUGGCACCUGAUGUGCUGUUCAUUAAAAAUCUACCCUGGAGAAUCAGGCACAGACCUCUUUGA